CAGUGAUACUCACCAAGUGCUCAGGUAUUUGGUUACGCAGGCGAGUUGUAUCGGAGAUAAUUACAGCUGUCUGUCCUCCAGGCUCCUCUCCUACCUCGCUCCAGCAGUAUAUAAAGCUGUUGGUUCUCCUCUGAUUUAUCAUCAAUAUGAUCUCCAUUACUUGAUCUGGGUCUGCUCUGCUCUGCUCUGCUCUGCUUUUUGGUUUCCAUCCCUCUGCUCCUGCUAUCUGCUCAAUGUUUGCUGGUUCUGCUUUGAACUCCUCUCUCGAGAACGUCUACUCGACCUCCCCAACCCUCUAUCAUGACAACCAGGAAAAAUCUGGUACUGCUAUUGUCAUGUAUGGAAUGGGCGAACCCUUUGAUUUAUCUGAGACCCACGACUUCAUCUACAGAAUGAUAACCGACACAAACAUGAAAUCAAAAUGGAACUUUUUGAAACCUUUGAUUGGCAAGGUUGUUGCUGAUAUAUACACCAAGAAACUAAACAAGAUUUAUGAAGCAAUUGGUGGUGGUUCACCGUUGUACCAAAUCUCUCUUGAUCAAUGUUCUCAAAUUUGUACAUUACUAGACAAGAUUCAUCCCUCCACCUCUCCCCAUUUGCCUUAUAUCUUCCACAGAUAUACAAACCCUUUGCCUGACCACGUAUUGCAAAAUUUAAUCACUGAUAACGUCAAAUCCGCUGUCGCUUUAUCUCAUUCACCCCAGUUUUUCUAUCCUCUUGCUGGUUCAUGUAUCAAUGAAAUUUAUAGACAAUCAAGAGUAUUUGAUCCCACAAACUCAAUCUCUUGGUCCCUAAUAGAAAGAUGGCCAACUGCAAUGGCAAAGACUUUUGCUAAAAAUAUCAAUGAAAAGCUAACUGACUUUAAAAUCCAAUUCAAUCUCAAAUCAACCAACAAUAUCUUAAUUGUCUUUUCAGGACAUUGCAUAAACACUAAAAUUGUUAACGAAGGUGACCCUUAUGAAGCUGAAGUCGGUGCGUCGGUCCAAGCUGUUAUGGAAGAACUAAAUUUCUCAAACCCUUAUCGAUUAUGUUGGCAAUCUGGCCCCUCAAAGGAAUCUUCCGAUUAUCUAGGUCCAAUCACAAAACCAUUCAUUCAGAAAUUCAAUGAAUCCGAUUUCUAUGAUGGCAUCAUUUUAGUCCCCAUUUCCUUUUCUUCUGACCAUAGUGAAACUUUGUAUGAAAUUGAUAUAGAAUUAGUCCAAUCUUUGAAAAAACCUGAAAGAUUUAAAAGAGUUGAAAGUUUAAACUGUGAUAGCUUAUUCCUUGACUCAAUGGCUGAAAUUAUCAGUGACCAUUUAGAUGGUCUUGAGAAUGGCCAAGGUUUUAAUGGAAAUAAAAAGAGAUAUGGCAAUCAAUUGGAGUUGGAUUAUAAGAUAUAUAAACCAAGAACUAACGACUGCUUUGAUCAACCAUCAGAUUUUUUUAAACCUCUAUAACCGCUCACCCUUUAAAGUCUUUAUACCACUUAUACUCUUUAUACUCUUUAUACUUUUUGCAAUUGUUUUCUGUUUUCUGUUUUCUGUUUGUUUUCUGUUUGUUUUUUGUUUGUUUUCUCUUUUUAUGAUUGGAUAAUGAAUAGU